UCAUACCUCAGCAUCACAACCUUUCGCCAGCGACACUAGCUCCACACUUGCAGACGAACAAGGAGCUGCCGGCUUAAAUACAGAAACAGCUUUCUACUCGGACAAUUGCCAAAGUGGGAUAAAACCCUCUAGACGGCACAAUGGCGAACGGAUGGAGCAUUUUCAUUGGUCUUUUCAUCGUCGGCGCCAUGUGCGCAGGCGCCUGGUUCUUUGCGCCCAAGGGCGAGAACCAAGUAUUAUGGAGAUCGUCGCUCAUCCUGGCCUUUGUCAGCUGCUACAUGAUGUGGGCGAUAACCUUCCUCGUACAGCUUCAUCCUUUAAUCGAGCCGAGACGAUCCAACUUGCGUGAAAAGUUUAUCCAUCACUGAGGCGACGACGUGGCGAGGGAUGAUAAAGGUAGAAAAUGGUCGGAUUGGGGGGAAGAUAUACACGGUUGGUUCGCGCGAGGUGCGGUUCCGCCGAGUCUCUGUUUAUAACGGCGAACCUUGAAUUCGCUCCCGUGGGAAUGGAGGAGCUUCAUGUCCAUACAACGGCCCUCUGAUCGAUGAUCGGGCAACGUGCAGUUGGAUCACUGCAAGCAUGUUAUUUGGGGUACAGCACCCGUGUCUACUACACAUUUCGCCGGCGUUUUUGGUGGGAUUUUCGCAGCUCUGUCUUUAGACAAGCCUCGUGGGCAAAACUGCCCAUUCAGGAUUACACAUUACUAUUAUUAUGCGAGGUUUUUGUCGGUUGAGAGGAAUACUCCCAGUCUUGCCUGCAGGUCAACGAUCAACUCAGGGCACAAGAGCAACAACACUUGUAAUCUCAAAAUAGCUUCGUUUUUUUGUUUUUGUUUUUUGUUUUGAUACUACUCUGCU